UUUGGUCUCGACGUUUCAAACAGUAUACUCUGCUCGUCUUCAGGAGAAUCAAAUGGUUAACAAAAAGUAUACUUUGACUUCGCAUUGUUUUAUUAGCAGUCUGAAAGCGUAGUUUGUGUGCAUAAUUGUAUAGAGUAAGCUUGCUCUAAUGUGUGUGAGGUUAGAGCAUGGAAGUAAAGCAGGGAAAACAGACCAUAGAUCAAGGGCAGAGACUCCAACUUGAAACCCAUGUCAAUAAACCUCUCCCUUGAAACCAGAUUGUUUACCUUGUUCACCUCUUCAAAUACGUCAUUUUAAAUAAUCUAAAAGCCUACUUCGUGCGAGCUUUUGACCUUCGAUAUUUUUGUCAAUAACUUGUUGCCUUGAAACUAGCUCGUGUACACAAUGAGUUGUUGAUAUCAGCACGAAGGACGUGUUUUGUGAAUUGGUAUCUGUGCCCUCUUGGACAAUACAACUUUACCAAUUGGUGUAAUUUUCACAUUUGAGUGAACAUGUACUGUAAGUGCUAGGCCAAGACCAACUUCAGCAAUUGGUGUCAUUUGAGUGAACGACGUAUAAUGUGCACUCACUGCCGUGACCAUUGUUAGUAACUGGUGUGUAAGUUUGAUUCGAGCGAACGACGGGUACUAUGCACUCUAGGCCGUGACCAUUUGUUAGCAAUUGGUGUAUUUUGUUUUUACAUUCGAGUGAAUGUGUUCUGUGCACUAAAGGUCAAUAUCAUUUUACAGCAGGAGUAAUUGUUGCCAUUUUCCCAACACGACAGUAACGUUUUUAAACAUGUUGUGGGUAACUCUAUGCAUCGUAAUAGCGACUAUAGUUUUCAUGCGGGUGCUCCUAUCUGUUCGGGAUUUCAUCAGAGAGCGAGCUGCCGUCAAGAAGCUCCCAUGCCCCCCAGGAGCUCACUGGUUGAAGGGCCACACCAAGCUAGACCCGUUCGGAGCCGGCUUGCAAUGGAUGCUCGAUACAGUUAAGGUGUGUCCCAGAGCCUACGUCAUGUGGAACGGCCCGUUCGCUCUACCCGUUCUGGUCCAUCCAGAACACAUCAAAGCACUCGUGGCGAGCUCUACCCAUUCCAAUAAGUCCAUCUUGUACAAGGUGUUCGAGGAUUGGGUUGGGCGUGGGUUGGUUACCGCCAACGGGGCACACUGGAAGAGGAACCGACGACUGUUGACUGCUAGCUUCCACCUGGAUGUUCUCCGGACAUACAUCCCGGUCUUCCACAAGUGUACCGACGUGUACCUUGAUAAGUUGGACCGGGUAGCAGCUGCGAAGACACCCAUGAGGGUCUACAAGGAGCUGUCCCUCUGUACCUUUGAUGCUAUUUUGCAAACUGCGUUCUCAUACGAGUCCAAUGUCCAGAAUCGACCUCUUCAAGAUGGAAAGUAUGAUGACAUGCUCCACGCAACCGAGGUCCUCAGUAGGGUCUCCAACGCCCGGAUGGUUUCUGGCAAUCUCCUGGAAGUUCAUCCAUGGACCUUCCCGUACUGCUCAAUGUACAGUGACUGGGCAGAGAAUACGAAGUAUGUUCGCAACUUUGCUAGAGGAUUGGUCAUCAAGAGGCAAGAGGAACUGGACCAAAAGAUGAAGAGUGGAGACUCCUUGGGGAAACCCAGAGAUUUCCUUGACACCGUCUUAAUGGCUAGAGAUGAAGACGGUACCAGGCUGACCAUAGAGGAAAUCGUAGACGAGGCGAGCACGUUUCUCUUCGGCGGCUUCGAGACCACAUCAACCACUCUGACAUGGGUGCUGUACGUACUCGCCAAGUACCCGGAACAUCAGGAGAAAGUCCGGCAGGAAGUUGAUGAUAUCCUUGCUGAUAGAGAGGCAGGCGAUAUCAUGAACAAAGAUUUCGUCCACAUGGAAUACAUGACCCUCGUCAUCAAGGAGACAAUCAGGCUGUACAACGUUGUUGUGCUGUUGUCCCGUACCCUGACCGAGCCAUUGGAAGUAGAUGGCGUGACCCUCCUUACUGGAACCACAGUGGCAAUGAACCUCUACCAGCUCCACCACAAUCCGACCGUCUGGGGUGACGACCACAUGGAGUUUAAACCAUCUCGGUUCCUCUCGGAGAAUUUCAAUAAGAUGGAUCCUUUUUCGUUCAUGGCGUUCUCUGCCGGGCCACGUAACUGCCUCGGACAGCAGUUUGCCUGGAAUGAGAUGAAGUUGAUGUUAGCGAGGUUGGUGAGUCGGUUCCGGCUUGGUCUAGUAGAGGGUGAACCGGAACCAGUUCCAUGUUUUAACCUCACCAUUAAACCGCAGAAGGAGUUGGUGCUCUCCUUAGAGAAAAGAGAGCACAUUUAAAAACAUUCUCUCAAGGCCAAAACAUUUCACAAAGAGUUAGGACUAGUCCUAGGAGAUAUUAAAAA